AUGGCGGAUGAUCUGGAAUACCUUUAUCCAGAUUUUGAUCUCAACUCUCUCACCGUCCCUCGUCUGCGCUCGAUUCUCGUCAAUCACGAUAUUCCCUACCCUGCGUCUGCGAAAAAGUCUCAACUGAUUGGUAUUCUGCAAGAUGAGGUGCUUCCGCAAGCGCGAAAGCUCCUGAGUGACCGCGAGAGGGUUCGACGAACCAGUGCAGGAAUCACAGACAUGAGCAGUCGGUCAACAUCAGUGGCUAGUGACGCGAACGACCGGGAAUCCAUGCCCCCUCCAGCCACCCCCUCAACAAUCAGCUCCACAACGAGAGCACAGCGAGGCACAUCACGACGUAGCACUCGUCAUUCUACCGCAGACACCGAUGAUAGCCUUGCCCCUGCUACUCCGGCUAGAACUAAGCGCACAAGCGUGGCUCGAUCGGUGGGUAAGCAUGUCCGGACAUCCGACACGGAAACCGGCGACGAUAACCUCGCAACCCCCGCUGCUACGCGUCCUACACCUCGCAAAUCUACAGCCAAAAAGGUCCGACGGAGCGAAGUUCUCCCUUCGACGGAGACCGAGGAACAUACGCCUGGGAUCAAAUCGGAGCCUCGUGAGGAAGGUAUGUUUACGGACGAUAACCCGUUCCAGAGCGGAAGUCCCGAAGUACCUAAGAGUACGAGAAAAAGCUAUGACGCCAAGCGGAAGAGUGGCUCGCGCUUAUCCACUGAAAGCCCAGCUCGGAGUCGCGGACUUAGAUCGCGCACAUCAGAAACACCCUCAAGCGUCAAACAGGAUGAUGGUUUCCAGGCUCCCAGGCGCGAGGCGUUUGAUUUCGCCUCCCGGCUGCUGCCCACAAAGGAGGAGCCGGAGGACUCAGAAGAGUCGGAGGACGGCGAAGAGAGUGAAGUGAGCGCAGGCGAAGAGUUCACGCCCGAUGAACAGCUUGCUAUGUCUAUGGAAGAUUAUCAGUACUCGCCACAGUUUCAAAAACGACGUCCGCAGAAGCAGGGGACCCUCAGUCGCUUGGCUCCUUGGGUCGUCAUUCUUUCGCUCGCUGGUAGUUUUGGCACAUGGUGGCGCAAAGAGAAGCUCGAUAUUGGAUACUGCGGGCUUGGAAAGCCUACCUGGUCCUUGGCUGAGACCAGAGUUCCUGAAUGGGCCAAUGUCUUGGAGCCCCGGUGCGAGCCGUGCCCGAGCCAUGCCUUCUGCUAUCCAGAUUUCGAAGUGCGCUGCGAAACCGAUUUCCUCCUUAAGCCUCAUCCUCUUGCUCUUGGUGGUCUGGUGCCGUUGCCUCCAACAUGUGAACCCGAUAGCGAGAAGGCGCGCCGCGUGAAGGCUGUGGCUGAUAAAGCUGUCGAGGAGCUUCGUGAACGUCGCGCGAAGUGGGAAUGUGGCGACUUGAAGGAAGACGGUCAAGCUGCCCGUUCUCUCGAUAUCAGCGAGCCUGAUUUGAAAGAAGAGGUAGCGAAAAAGCGCCGCAAGGGCCUGAGUGACAGCGAAUUCGAUGAGCUGUGGAAGGGUGCAAUUGGGGAGGUGAUUGGCAAGGAUGAAGUUAUCAGCAAGACCAAGCAACCUUCCGGCAUCGUCAUCCUAUCCUCUACCUCCAUCGCCCGGCUCCCACUCGCGUGCGCCGUCCGCCGCCACUUCCGACUCGCUCUCGUCGCGUAUCGACUCCCUAUUUCACUUCUAAUUCUGGGGAUUGGUCUCCUCGGGUAUGCCCGCGCGCGUGUCCUUGCCCGCCGCUCUGAUAUCGCUCGCGUGCCCGAGUUGGUCGCUACAACCCUUGACCGUCUGUCCACACAGGCUGCACUGUAUGCGCGCGGCGACGCCAAAGAGCCUUACAUAUCCAUUGGCCAACUGCGUGAUGAUGUCCUCCGCUUUGAACUACAAGGCAAGCGUCGCGAGGAGCUCUGGCGACGAGUCUCCCGUUUCGUUGAGGGCAACGCUAAUGUUCGUGCUGCUGUCCGCGAAGGACGAAGCGGUGACGUUUCUCGAGUCUGGGAGUGGAUCGGUGGAAUCAACACCGUCGGAGACUUGGGUCAAAGUACCCGCCGUGAGAGCGCACGAUUCCCUCUUCCUUCUCCAUCCGGUAAUCUCGUUGCGAGUCCUCAGACUCCCACCACCGAAACCUUGCCCGAUCCGGUCUCCAGUCCCAGGGAGUCUCGUCGAUGGGAUGAGGGUCGUCCGAUCUACUAA